AUGGAAAUGUUUGAAAAAGCGGAAGACGAGUACAAUGAUUUGAUGUCAAAGAAAAGCGACAUUGAGGUUGCACCGAAAGUAAACGAGAAGGAUCAUGGCCAUACACCACUUGAAAGGGUAUGGUGCCUAAAGAGGAGUGAAAAGCGAGUAUUGUAA